AUGGACAUUGAUAUCCUCGACUUGAUAGACGAUGAAGAUGAUGACAACCAAGAAGAGAUGACUGCACAGAAGGUAUUACAAAUUGUUGAACGGGCAUGGCUGAAUGAAAAAUUUAGUCCAGAAAUAUUACCACACCAAACUGAUUAUGUUGAUUGUUUGCUGGAACAAAUCAAAGGAAUGGAAGAUAAUCUGGCUAAAUUAUCAAAAACUGAUCCAAAAGUAGAUUUACACAAACUUGAAAUGGAACGUAUUAAAUUUGUCAUAACAAGCUAUUUACGAACUAGGCUGAAAAAAAUUGAAUAUUUUUGUGUUAGUGUGCUUGAAGAAGAAUCAAAUCGUUUGGAAGCAGAUGCAUAUUUAUCCCCAGCAGAGUUGAAAUUUGCCAAAGAAUUUGCUCAGAAUGCUGAUAAUCAUUUUGACACAAUAUUACGACACAUGCCUCAAUUAUAUAAUAAGUUGGACAUGAAUAAAAAGGUUAUUAAACCUAAUUUAAAUAGUUUUGUUUUCUUAAAAUGUUAUAAACAUAUAGACAGUGUCAUUAUACAAAACACAUUAGAAAGUCAGGAAGAAGAAAUUGUUUUGGAAGAUGGAUCACAGCACUUAAUGCCUUAUAGUUCAGUUGCAGAAUUUGUAAAAAAAGGUGCUGUUCAAUUGAUUUAA